AUGGCACUCUUUCUCGGCUUGGAUUUGUCGACGCAGGCGCUCAAGGCGUCGCUGCUCGAUGAGCAUUUGCGUGGGAUCGAUGAGGUAAGUGUGCGGUUUGAGACGGACUUGCCCGAGUUUGAGACGCGCGGCGGGAUCCUGCCCAGAGGCCAUGCACUUCUUGGCUCGACGCCCAGCGCCGCUGCUGCGCCGGUGCUCUUGUAUGUUGCCGCGCUUGAUAUGUUGUGGGAGAGGGUUUUGUACGAGCGCAAGUGGCCUGUGGAUCGCAUCGCUGCGAUUAGUGCGUUGGGGCAGCAGCAUGCGUCUGUGUAUUUCGCGCACGGCGCCUCCGAAACGCUCGCACACGUCGACCCCGCCGAGCCACUGCGUGCACAGCUGCAAGAGCAAGUGUUUUCGCGCGCCAUCGUGCCGAACUGGCAGGAUGCAACUACCUUGGAAGAGUGUACCGAGCUUAUGCAAUUUGCACAAGCGACGUGGGGCGCGGAAAAAAACGGCGUUGCGCCAUUGUGCCAGAAAACAGGCAGCAUUGCACACACGCGCUUUACCGCCGCGCAAGUGCUCCGCUGGAGGAAAGAAUGUCCGGAAGCCUACCGAGAUACGGCACGGAUCACGCUCGUAAGCAACUUUCUUAGCACCUUGCUGUGUGCGGGCAAUCCGCAGGGCACGAUUGCUGGUGUGGAUCGUAGCGAUGCGUGCGGUAUGAAUUUGUGGGAUAUGGAGAGCGAUACGCCCCAUUGGAGCGCACCAUUGCUCUCGUUCAUAUCGGACGAGUGCACCGCGAAGAAUACGCAAGGAACAGACGCGUUUGGAGGCGCAGACGCCUUGCAGCGCAAACUCGGCAGCGUGUACUCGGAUCCGUGCACGCCUGUAGACAAAAUCGGCACCUAUUUCCAGCGCCGGUACGGCCUCUCGCCCACAUGCAUUGUGUGCCAGUCGACUGGGGACAAUCCCGGCACGCUGCAGUGCCUCACUCCGCAAUUUGGCGAGGCGGUUUUGUCGCUCGGCACCUCGGACACGAUCUUGUUGCCGAGCAAUUCAUACACCCCGAACGACCAGUACCACGUAUUCGCGCACCCCGCAAGCCGCGGCACUGCCGAAGAGGACACGCCGCGCUACUUUCUCAUGUUUGUCUACAAGAAUGGCUCGCUCGCGCGCGAAUGGGUGCGCGACACCUAUUUUAACCAGCAAUGGAGCGGCUUCAACGCCGCCCUCAUGGACGCAGAACGUGUGCCGCCAGGAGACGCCGGCACUGGCUUUUACUGGCUUCAGCCUGAGAUCAUCCCAUGGGACGCGCGCGGCACAUUCCGGUUCCGCCGCGAAAAAACGGCGUGGCACGCCGUACCGGAAUACGCACACUCGGCACACAACGCGCCGGCCAUGGUGCAGAGCCAGUUCAUGGAGUUUCGGUCGCGCAUUCAACACAAUUUCGCCGCUUCGGGAAGCAAUUUGCGGCGCUUAAAGCGUGUCUAUGUAGUCGGCGGCGCUGCGGAGAACACGGCGCUGUGCCAACUCUUGGCCAACGUGCUCGGCUGCGAAGUAGCAAAACCCGUGGUGAGUGGUCGUACACAUGGUCAAGAAAGCACGAUAUCCUACAACUACGGCUCGGUCGGCGCUGCCUAUCGCGCACGCUGGGUAUGGGAGUGUGCUACGACGGGCAAGACGCCCUCUUUUGAGCAUUUAAUCGCUUCUGCACGCGCCGCCGGCGGUGCGAAUGAGAUACGCUGA